AUGGCCUCUUAUAAGGAGCACUUAGAUUCAUUUGUCGCCAAACUCCAAGACGAGUCAUUAGACUAUCAAAAUAAACAUUCUGUUUUCUCCGAACUAUGUGAUACUUUAGAAACAUACCAAGGUGUCAACGAAUAUGAAUACUUUUUGAAGAAGCUACUAGACGUGUUUUUCAGCCAUCUUACAUCUGUUCCGAUCUCAUUCAUUUCAAGCUCCAACGAACAUAAACUUAGAUACUUGAUUUUGGAUAUUAUCCACAGAUUGCCCUAUAAUGAUACAUUCCUUCCAUAUGCUGGAACGGUUUGUGAUAAUUUGAUGGAAAUCCUCCAGAACGACAACGAAGAAAAUGGUCUCCAAUGUAUGAAAAUCAUCACCUCAUUACAUAAGGCUUUCAAAAAUCAGCUGUCUUCAAAAGUCGAGGAAUAUAUAGAGUACUUGAAGAAGAUAUACCAAAAUCUAUCCUUUUUAGUUGAAGAACAAUUUGGAACAAGUAAAACGGAUUCUGAAGGUAAAGAUGCACCACAGAAUAAAGAAGACAAUGCAGCAGACACAUCAACGGAUAAUACAGUUUCCAACAGUAAAGAAACUUCUGCAUCUUCACCAUCCGAAUUCUCCACCACAGAUGACACAAACUCCGUUAGGACGCUGUUUAAAGCUACUCAUUCUUUCAAAAUGGCUGCCGAAUGUCCAAUAACACUAGUAUCUUUAUACAGUACAUAUAAAACAUUACUGGAUACCACAGUGACUGAUAUUUUACCUUUAGUUGUUAAUGUGUUGAGGCUACAAGCACCCGCACAACGUGAAGAACAUAAAAAGGCAAAACAAGCAGGAGCAAAUAUAGUUCAAAUUGCUCCUUCUUUAAGAAAUAAUCAAGUCUACAAUGAUUUUAAUUUUGCUCAAGUGAAGGCAUCCUCGUUUAUGGCUUAUGUUUUCAUUCGAAAAACAGCUUCACAAAACAUCGAGACAUACCAACAAGAAAUUCCAGAUUUGAUCAUUAGGCUUCUUCAAGAUUGUCCUAGGGAACUAUCCACUGCUAGAAGAGAACUGUUACACGCGACGAGGCAUGUUUUGUCGACAAAUCUUAGAACUUUAUUCUUGCCAAAAUUUGAUUUACUUUUUGACGACAAUAUCCUGAUUGGUGAUGGCCUAACGUCUCAUGAAACUUUGAGACCCUUGGCUUACUCAAUUGUUGCUGAUUUUAUCCAUGUUAAUACUAGUUUAACUACUGAGCAGAUAUGGAAAAGCGUUAAAACAUAUAGUGGAUAUUUACAGGAUGAUACGUUGGCACAGACUGUUCAUAUAAUGAGCGCAAAACUAUUGUUGAAUCUAAUGGAUAGAAUUCUAAAACUUGAAAACAAAGCAGAUUCAAGAGAACUUUUGUUGCUUAUUAUUGACACUUUUGGAAAACGGUUUGCAUCUCUGAAUUCACAGUAUGAUAACAUUAUCAAACAACACGAAGAAUUUAAAUUACAGAGGAAAGAACGGGCUCUCAAACUUAAAAACCUUGAAACCAAGGGUAAAGAGCUCACAGGUAAAUCUAUUGACGAAAAUCAUCACAUAAGAAAUCUAUCUGAUAAGUUACAUUUGGACUCAAAUUUAACUGAUCAGGGUAAAAUGGACAUUGACAGUGACAUCGAUUUUGUUAGUGGUUUAUCAUUUGCUGACAUUGAAAGAAAGCUUCCCAUUCAGCUUUCUCAGCCUCAAACCCAAGACCCAUUGGACAGUGCACGGUACCUGUUUAGAACUUUGAUGACUUUCCUCAAAUCGAUAUGUUAUGGGUUUAAAAAUUGUAACGUUCCACCACCGAAUAAUUAUGCUCCCCAAGUUUGGCAGGAAAGCGCACGGAUCAUAUCUGUGGAAGAGCUUAAUAUUUUCAAGAGAUUGUUUAGAGAAUCGACUUUAGGUCUCAAGUUUUUCCAAUCAUCCAAAAUAACAGCCAUCACGUCUUCUUUAAAACAAUCAUUUGAUAUCACGGGUCCGAACCUCCCAAUAACUUCAUCUAAAGAAGAGAAAGAUCUAAUGGAAAUUUUGGCAACAAUAUUUAUUUAUCUGGAGCCUGCGGCUUUCAACGAAAUAAUACAAGACCAACUACCCUCUUUGUUCGAACAAACAUUGGAUAACCCAGCUUUACUUCAUUUGCCUCAAUUUUUCCUUGCAAGUGAAAUAACUACAUCUAAUAUCUCUAGUAUUUUGAUUGUGUUUGUGGUUUCUAAACUUGAGGAAUUAGGUGAUAUGAAUAUAGUUGAAUCGAACAUUUUAAUCAGGUUGUUCAAGCUUUGUUUCAUGUCAGUCAAUUUGUUUCCAACUGCCAACGAAAAUGUCAUUCUUCCACAUUUAAACAAAUUGAUUCUUGAUUGUCUAAACUUUUCAAGCAAGACGAAGGAACCAAUCGUUUAUUUUUAUCUUAUCAGAACUCUUUUUAGGAGUAUUGGAGGUGGAAGAUUUGAGUCACUUUAUAAAGAAAUCUUGCCCUUAUUACAAUUAUUGUUGGAAUCAUUGAAUCGAUUGAUCCACUCCGCACGUCGCCCACAUGAGCGUGACAUCUAUGUGGAAUUAUGUCUGACUGUUCCAGUUAGACUCAGUGUGCUGGUUCCCUAUCUUAGUUACCUUAUGAAACCUCUGGUAUAUGCCUUGAAUGGUUCGCAAGAUUUAAUCAGCCAAGGAUUGAGAACUUUAGAACUAUGUGUUGAUAAUUUAACUGCGGAAUAUUUUGAUCCGAUAAUAGAACCCGUGGCAGAAGAUAUUAUGAAGGCCCUAUGGAAACAUUUGAAGCCACUUCCUUAUUAUCAUCAACAUUCACAUACGACUUUACGUAUUUUGGGAAAACUAGGCGGCAGAAACAGAAGCUUUAUAAAAUUACAUGAAGAUCUAAUAGGUAAUACAUUGACAGAUCAAAAGCUUGAGGGACUGUUUAAAAUUGAAGGUAUAGAUCACGAAGUGCCUGUUUGCAUGACUGCCGCUAUGAACACUGCUUUCAGUACCCUUGAAAGUUUGCGGUUCAAGCCUCAUUAUAGAAUAAGUGCUUUUGAAUAUCUUACCACGAUUCUAAAACUCAUGAUUGGUGCAGAUAAAUUACCCGAAGACUAUAAUAAAAAGGUCCAACAAGUGGUUACUUUUGUCACACAGGAGGGGAAAGAGCCAAUAAAUCACAUGGAGAUAUACUUGAAGGCGGACGAUACCAGAGAUCCGGCGAAUUUCGAUAGCCAAGAGGAGUUAUUGAUAAAGUUGCUCAAAUCAUUAUUUUUUGCUGUUUCUAUGGAUGACACAAAAGAAGAGUCCUAUAAACUUAUUGAAGGUAUUUGCCAGCAUUACGUGUUAUUAAGCCUGAGUAAGGCCAUGAUUGACCAUCACAAAUUAUUAAGACAAUUUUCUAUUGCUAACCAUGAAGGUAAACAUUUCCUGAAUACCAACACAAUAUAUGAAGCAAUAUCAUAUGCUCUUGGACAUUACAUUAGUUCAGUACGCGCUGCCGGUAUAUUUGCUGUGAAGACAAUCUUCAACUCAUGUGUAGCACUAUUUGGUUCUAUCCACGAUGCAUUGAAGUUUAUGCCAAUUAGGAGAAUGUGUUCCAACUUCAUUCACUGCUGUUUUGAAGAAGCAUACUACGAGAAACUAGGCGGUUGCCUUGGUUUGAAAGUUAUGAUAAAGGAGCUUGGCAUUCCUUAUGAAUACUUUGCGGUUCGACAACUCGAAAUUUCGAGGGCUGUACUCUUUGUUUUGAGGGAUACUCCAGAAGACGUACCUUCGGAAGUGUGUACAGUUGCUAAGGAUAUAAUCCUAGACAUUUUGAGAAACUGUAAUAGAGAAGUUUCGAAAGAAGCAGUGUUUCAUCAAGGGUUUCAGUCAAUUGUCAGCCAAAUUGUUUUUGAUUUGAGUAACUCUAACAUGAAGGUCAGAGAAACUGCGAAGGAGGCUAUUCAAGUGUUAUCCGACGUCACUACUGUUCCGGUUUCAACUAUGAUUACACCAAGCAAAAGCAUUUUACUUGCUCCUAUUUUUGGUAAGCCUUUAAGAGCAUUACCUUUCCAUAUGCAAAUUGGAAAUAUAGAUGCGAUUACCUUUUGUCUGGGACUUAAUGACACAUUUUUAGAAUUUAACGACGAAUUGAACAGGCUGCUAUCUGAAGCAUUGGCACUGGUUGAUGCUGAUGAUGAAUCUCUAGUAAACGUUAAUAAUAUUACGGAUCACACAACCACCGAGCAACUUACUAGAUUGAGAAUCGUAUGCAUCGACUUAUUGUCUUUGGCAUUGACGAAAAAAGAAUUCUCAAAUAGUCAAGUGAGAAUCAGGAUAUUGAGCGUUUUUUUCAAAACUCUUUGCUCAAGAAAUGCCAAGAUAAUCAAUGCUGCACAUAACGGAUUGAAAAGGGUUCUUUCACAAAAUUCCAAGUUACCUAAAGAGCUUCUUCAAAGCGGGUUGCGCCCGAUGCUUAUGAAUCUCUCUGAUUACAAAAAAUUGACAGUUUCUGGUUUGGAGGCUUUAGCAAGGUUGCUCGAGCUUCUUAUUUCGUAUUUCAAAGUGGAGAUUGGAAGAAAGUUACUUGAUCAUUUGAUGGCGUGGGCUCAACCACCAGUGUUGCAGCGUAUCUCCUUACAAGAGCUUGAAAGCAACAGCACGAUUCAGAUAAUUGUUGCUAUUUUUAAAAUCUUUCAUUUGUUACCACCUCAAGCACAUACUUUCAUGAAAGAAUUAAUGGAAACUUUGCUGUUUCUUGAAACAAAUCUACGUCGCCAUUAUUCCUCUCCUUUUAGAAAACCUCUCUCCAGAUUUUUGAAUCGUUUUGCGGACUAUUCCAUCGCUUUUAUGAAAGAACAUAUCGGCUCCAGAAACUAUGGUUCCAGAUUUAGCUACUUUAUCGGGCUAGAUGAAUGCAGUAAUUUGAGAGACGAGUUUAAGAAAAAUAUUGACUCUUUUAUGGAGUUGAUUGAGAAUGAAGCCAAUAAUGAUGUUAAAUAUUCGAUACUCGUUAAUAUAGUGGAGUCCUUAGAGUCCCUUUCAAAGUACGAUGACGAAUGGUUUGCAUCUUCAGGAGAUAUAUUCAAGAAGCUCGGUAAGAUUACCAUGGAAUGCAUGAACUAUGAAAAAAGUUCAUCUGUUUCAUCUCCAAUUCAUUUUCAGUUGGACCAAUCUAUCGAAAGAUUACAAAAUGUUUAUACUAGGUACCUAAAGGUUAAUAAAAAGAAGUUUUCGAAUGUCAUUGAGUUCGCUAACUUUUUAGUCAGCAAUGGCAUUCCUGUCAUCCAAGAGUUCACCACGUUUCUAUUGGAAGAUGUUGUCAAGGCCGAAACGGCCGAAACUGCCAGGGAGUAUUUAGACCAGCUUGUCCAAUUUGUGGUUGGCUCCGACAAUAACCUCAUUACCAAAAUAUACUUAUUACAUAAUGCCAUCAUCCCCAUCUGUUAUUAUAACGGGUUGAGGAAGUACGAGCAGGUGACAAUGUUAGGGGUCGGAGAAGAAGAUGCACCCUGGUUGUUGACAAUAGUUGAUGAAAUAUGGAGAAGCGGAACUGAGAGUCCAAAAUUAGAGUCAUUUAUAUUCGACAAGUAUAGGGUCGAAUUACUACAACUUACUUCAGUAUUAAUACAAUUUUUCCCAGAUCGAUUGAUAAAGUUCAAAAAAGAAAUUAUUAAGUUUUGUUGGAAUUUCAUCAGUUUGGAAGACAAUAUGUCGAAGCAGGUUGCAUACAUAUCAACCGUGUAUUUUAUUAAAGCGUUUGGUGCACCAUCAAAACUUAUUAUGCAAGUUUUUGUUGCCUUAUUGAAGGCAAAUCAUGGGGAUGUCAAAUACAUGGUGAAACAAUCAUUAGAUUUACUUGCUCCUUUGCUUACUGAAGAAUCAGUUCCACAUGCUGAAUACAUUAACUGGACAAGACGAAUUUUAUCAGAAGAUGGAUUUUCUGUCACGCAAGUUACUAAUAUUUACCAGUUCAUUGUUAACCAUCCGGAUCUAUUUUAUCCAUACAGAGAUCAGUUCAUUCCUAAUAUCUUAGCAGCUAUGGGUAAACUAACUGUAGCGAACAAUGCUGCUACAGAGAACCAGAUACUGGCGAUAGAUCUUGCCGAAAUAAUUCUUCAAUGGGAAGUGAAGUGUAAAUUUGAGUCAGAAAACAUCGCAGGGAAGCAACGAUCUGAAAUUGAAGCUUACCAGGAUGCUUCCUCAAGGGAAGUGUCUGCCCUAGAAAACACACUAGAAUUCCCUGGAAAAAGCGUUUCCAAUGAAAGCGAGGCUGAUGUUGAUAAGAUGGAUGUGGAUGUUCAUCAUAAGCUUACUGAUAGCGGCCCACCUGGUUUACCUAAGGUAUACUCUGUUCCGAUUUGCCAAAGAGACACGUGUAUCACAUUUUUGAUUCGGUUUGCAUGUAUCUGUUCUCAAAGGGCUUCCGAGAAUGAGUUGGGUCGUAGAGCGUUAAAUAUAUUGCAUAUACUUCUUGCUCCAGGCUUCUGGCCUGAUGUUUCAAUCAAGAUUUCGUUUUUUGAAAAGUUCUUGGCUAAUAGCGAUUCCAAUGUCAGCAACAUGUUGGUUUACUGUUUGAACAGUUUAGAAGUUUUGAACAUGACGUUGGAAUGGAAAACUUCUGAAUGGAUCGUUCAAAAAAUACCUGAAUUGCAGGCUUUGCUUGAAAAAUGUAUUAAAUCAAACAAUCAUGAUAUACAGGAGGCCCUACAGAGUGUCCUUUGUUUGAUCAUGCAGGCAAUAAAACUGGAAACCAACGAAGAAGAAGAAAUUGAAAGUGAAGGUACAAAGUUUAUGAAGUACGUAGUAUCUGUUAUCGUGGAAGACCUAUCUGUUAUGGAUUCCGUUGCAGCAGGCGUUAUUAUGUUGUCCAGCGUAGCCGAAUUCAGACCAUCAUUAUUGGACCCCCACAUUCCCGUUAUUUUGAAAACAUUGAGUAAGUUGAUGAAGGAUCAUAUUACCCUAGGAAGCCAAGGCAAACACCAACAGGUAAAUGAACACGGAAGUAAUACCGAGUAUGAAGCUAGGAUGACUACAAAGCUUGUUGAGAAAUUGCUAAAGUUUGGCUCAGAUCGAAUUGCCUAUUUAGGAGACCAAAGAAGAAUUUAUUUAUCAGUGUUAGUGCAACUGAUUGAUAAGUCGAUUGAUAAAGAGCUGUUAACAACCAUUGCAAAAAUAGUAAGAGGUUGGUUGUUUGACACCGCGCCUGCAGUUGCACCAACGGUCAAGGAAAAGGCUGGUGUUUUAUCUAAAAUGAUGAUUUAUGAGUUGAAAGGUGAUUCUGAGUUAACAAAUACCUAUUAUGAGAUAAUUAUGGAUAUUUUCAAGAACGAAUCAUUAAAUUACACUGAAUUGACUUUCAGGUUGGAACAUCCAUUCUUGGUCGGUACUAAAAUAUCUGACGUUGGUAUUCGUCAGGAGCUAAUGUCAAUUUUGAACAACUCCUUGGACAAGGAUGUUCGUAAUAGAUUAUUCUACAUCAUCCGGGAACAAAAUUGGGAAUACCUAUCCGAGUACCCAUGGCUAAACCAAGCUUCUCAAUUAUUAUAUGGUUCUUUUGAUGUGGAACAUGAUUUGAAACUGUCCUCAAAGGAGAACAGAUUAGCACCUUUUUCUAAAAUAUGCGAGGUCCUACCUAAAACAAAAGUUGAAGAUGUAAGUGAUAACAUUAACAACUUUCUAACAAAACAUGAAAACUUUAUUUCGACACAUUUGAGAGUGAAGGCCAAGGAUAUUCUUACUCCGUUGCUUGAUCUUUCUUACCAGAGUCCAGAAGCAAUUCACAAUUCGUGGUGUACUCUAUUCCCUAUUGUUUAUAACGAAAUUGACCAGAAAGAGAAAUCAGACUUAUUGUACGCCUUGGUUACUUUGCUUUCUAAAGAUUAUCAUAUGCGUCAGCAGGAAGGAAAACCAAAUGUGAUUAACACCAUGCUGACAGCUGCUGGAAAAUGCCCAGAUUUGCAAUUGCCUCCUCACUUAGUGAAGUACCUUGGCAUUAACUAUGAUGCCUGGUAUUCUGGAGUUCGUAUUUUAGAGCAAAUUGAGUCUAAUAUGACUAUUGAAAACUCAAAGAUCAAAGAAACAAAUAGCGAUGCAUUAGUUGAAAUGUAUGCUAAUCUUCAAGAAGAUGAUAUGUUUUACGGUCUGUGGCGUAGACGUUCUAAAUAUUUUGAAACAAACGCCGCUUUAUCUUAUGAGCAGGUUGGUCUUUGGGACAAGGCUAUGAAAAUGUAUGAAACAGCUCAAGUCAAGGCAAGAAGUAGCAUUCUACCGUAUAGUGAAAGUGAGUACUCUCUAUGGGAAGAUAAUUGGAUUCUAUGUGCUGAGAAGUUGCAAUGUUGGGAUAUUUUAACUGAACUUGCUAAGCAUGAAGGUUUUACAGAUUUGCUACUCGAAUGUGGCUGGAGGGUGGCCGAUUGGAUUGCCGACAAGGAGCCAUUAGAACAAUCCACCAAUACUGUCAUGGAUGUACCUACACCUAGAAGACAAAUGUUUAGGGCAUUUUUAACUCUUCAAAGCUAUGCACAAAAUACUGAAAGUAUCCAAAAUGUGACCAGACAAGUGGAUGAAUGUAUUCAGUUGUCACUAAGAAAGUGGUACACUUUGCCGCAGCGUUUAACAAACGCACAUGUUCCAUUACUACAUAGUUUCCAGCAAUACGUUGAAUUUAUGGAAGCUACACAAGUUUACAGGAGUUUAUCUUCAACCACAGCGGAGAAUUUAGACAUCAAAUCACAGGAUUUGAAACGUGUUCUACAGGCAUGGAGGGAACGUUUACCAAAUGUCUGGGAUGAUAUAAAUGUUUGGAAUGAUCUUGUAACAUGGAGAAAGCAUGCUUUUGAUGUUAUUAACAAGGUGUAUAUUCCUCUGAUUCCAGCUCUUCAACAGACAAACAACCAUAAUAAUUCCUAUGCCUUCCGUGGCUAUCAUGAAAUAGCAUGGGUUAUCAAUCGAUUUGCACACGUUGCUCGAAAGCACAACAUGCCAGAAGUUUGUAUUAAUCAAUUGACAAAGAUUUACACACUUCCAAACAUAGAGAUUCAAGAAGCAUUUUUGAAGUUGAGAGAACAAGCCAAAUGUCAUUAUCAAAAUCCGGCUGAACUAAGCACUGGGUUGGAUGUUAUCUCAAAUACCAAUCUAGUCUACUUUGCAGCACAACAAAAAGCUGAAUUCAUUACGCUUAAAGGUAUGUUUUUAGCUAAGCUCAAUGUUCCGGAUGAAGCUAACCAAGCAUUUGCAACUGCUGUUCAAUUGGAUUUAAAUCUACCAAAUGCUUGGGCCGAAUGGGGGUUCUUCAAUGACCAUCGUUUUAAAGAGACCGAUGAUAUUGAGUAUGCAAAACAUGCUAUUAGCUGUUAUUUGCAGGCUGCAAGUUUGUAUAAAAGCAACAAAGCACGUCGUUUAUUAUGCCGAAUUUUAUGGUUGAUUAGUUUGGAUGACAGUACUGGAACUCUUGCAGAGUCUUUUAAUUCUCACCAAGGAGACAUGCCUGUUUGGUACUGGGUUACAUUUAUUCCUCAGCUUCUUUCUGCAUUGUCACAUAAGGAAGCCAAGUUUGCACAAAAAGUUUUAGUGAAUAUUGCCAAGUCAUAUCCCCAAGCGUUACAUUUCCAAUUGCGUACAGCUAAGGAAGAAUUUGCAGUUUUGCAAAGACAGCAAUUAAGUGCAGCAGCUACAUCAACAGUUCCACCAGGAGAGAAUGCUAACAAUGCGGCUAAAAACAGCAAUGAUAACGUUAGUAAUAACAAUAAUUGCAAUAACAACACCAAUGGCAAUAAAAACAGUGAGAAUUUAGCAAACAGCAAUCCAAAUGAGAGUUCCCACGGCAUGCAACCGGGAGGAGUUCGUCAUGUCGGCUCACCUACAGUAAAGAUAGAGAACAACAAUUCUUCCACACCGGCAUCACAACAAACACCUUUAACGAAUGCAUCUGCAGGAAGUCCAUCGUUAGGAGCUGCACCAAUGGCCGGUUCUCAGAUUUCAGUGAAUUCGAAAUCAGAUGACUCUCCAAAACCAUGGUUGAUUGUUGAUGAAAUUAUGGCUAUAUUGAAAACAGCAUAUCCUUUGCUUGCGUUGUCUCUGGAAUCCUUAGUUGAUCAAAUUAGUCAACGGUUCAAAUCUAACCAUGACGGCGAUGCAUACAGAUUGGUUGUUGCACUUUACAAUGAUGGUGUACUGUAUUAUAAUAGGUUAGCCAACUUGAAGGAAGAUGCAAGGCUUCCGCCAGCAACAGAGGCGAAUAUUGUAAGAUUUGCCAAUACUGUGUUACCAUUACAUAUUAAAGAAGAGUUUGAGAAUGAUUUGAUUAAAAGUAAACCUAAUCUGGAAACAUACAUUUCUAAGUUGCGAAAAUGGAAAGACUGUUUCGAGGAGAAGAUUGAUAGGACAUACGGUAAAGUGAAUCUUGAAAGAGUUUGUCCUCACUUGAGCCAAUUUCAUCAUCAGAAGUUUGAAGAAAUCGAGAUACCAGGUCAAUACUUGCUGAAUAAGGAAACGAAUCAAUAUUUUAUUAAAAUUGAGAGAUUUAUGCCAACAAUUCAAAUGAUUCGUGGCCCAAGUGCAUGCUAUAAGCGUAUUGUCAUUCGUGGAAACGACGGUAGUCUGCACACAUUUGCUGUUCAAUUUCCGGCUGCAAGACACUGCAGGAGAGAAGAGAAAAUUUUCCAAUUGUUCAGAUUAUUCAACGAUCAGUUGUCUAGAAAUGUUCAGACAAGACGCCGUCAUAUUGAGUUUACAUUACCUGUUGCUGUUCCAUUAUCUCCACAUAUUAGAUUAAUGUCGGAUGAUGAGAAGUAUAUUAACAUGUACAACAUAUAUGAAAGAUACUGUAAGAUGAAAGGUCAAGAUAGAGAUGAACCUUUAGCUUACACCAUCGAAAAGCUACAUGCAGCGUAUGAUCCUAGACUGCCACGCCCUGAUAUCUUGAUUGUUAAAACUGAAAUUCUAGCUGCGAUUCAAUCAUUAUUUGCACCGAAGACAAUUAUGAAAAACUACUUUUUAAAAUACUAUUCUAAGUUUGAAGAUUUCUGGAUUUUCCGUAAGCAAUUUAGUUCACAAUAUGCAACAUUUGCAUUUGCCACAUACAUGUUGUGUAUCAACGCAAGGCAACCUCAGAAAAUUCACAUUAAUCAACGUUCAGGUAAAGUUUGGACUUCUGAUAUGUUACCAUAUGAAGUUGCGGGAGCUAAAACGCCACAUAAUAUUUUCCAGAAUAGUUCAUUAGAUGUUUCUGCACAACGUGCCGCACCGAUGUUUUGCUCGCUAGAACUUGUUCCAUUCAGGUUAACACCAAAUGUCCAAGAAUUAAUUGGGCCGAUCGGAAGUGAAGGUAUAUUAUCAAUGCAUAUGUUGGCCAUAGCACAAUCUCUGGGAGACCCACAGUACGAAAUUGAACACUUUUUGAAUUUGUUUGUCAAGGACGAGCUUCAGGCCUGGUACGCACAAAGAAUGAGAGGUUUGAAUGUUGAAGCGCCAAACUUGAAAGAGAUUGUCACCGUUAAUGUAGAGUACUUGAUAAAAAGGAUCCAACAAUUAGCAAACAACGAUAGUGCCGGAACAACAGUAUGUAGCCAGUCGGUUAUAAACUUGAUUGCGCAUGCUGUAAAUCCAAGAAACCUGGCAAGCACAGAUACACUAUGGAUGGCUUAUCUUUAG